GCUACAUUUGCUCCGAUUCUAUGAAAACAUGGAUGAUCGCAGCUGGCGAGCAGAUGUUCUAAGCCUUACACUUUGGGGCGUGCUGGCGGCCACUCGUUCUGGCUCCUACAUCUUGCUCUUUUUGCGGCCGGAGGUUUCGGGUCGAGGCAUUUGUCGUCUUUAUGCCUUGUCCACCUCCUUUGCUGCCUGCUCCGUGGAAAUGGCUUCGCAGGGAUACAAGGCAGAACUGGCUCUCGCUGCAGAGUUGGAGAGAACCGAGGUAUUCAAACAGCUGGAGGAGAAUGACCCAUUGCUGAAGGAGAACCCUCGCCGUUGGCCCAUGCCGAAUGUGUUUAAUUUCGCAAGCAAGUAUCGCGAAUUGCACGGCCAGGUCUGGGAGAUGUACAAGAAGCACGAGGCUUCUUUCUGGACAGUGGCGGAGAUCGACCUGGCGCAGGACAACAAGGACUGGGUGACGAUGAACGAGGGCGAACAGCACUUCGUGAAGCAGGUCUUGGCCUUUUUUGCUGCAUCUGAUGGAAUCGUUGUGGAAAACCUCGCUGCGCAGUUCUCCACGGAGGUGCAGAUUCCCGAG